AUGUCAGGGCGGGGGAAGCAAGGCGGUAAGACCCGCGCUAAGGCCAAGUCGCGCUCGUCCCGAGCCGGCCUCCAGUUCCCCGUAGGCCGCGUUCACCGCUUGCUUCGCAAGGGGAACUACGCGGAGCGGGUGGGCGCCGGCGCUCCGGUUUAUUUAGCGGCCGUGAUGGAGUAUUUAACGGCCGAGAUCUUGGAGCUGGCCGGGAACGCGGCUCGGGACAACAAGAAAACGCGCAUCAUCCCCCGGCACCUGCAGCUCGCGGUGCGCAACGAUGAGGAGCUCAACAAGCUGCUGGGCGGCGUCACCAUCGCCCAAGGGGGAGUCCUGCCCAACAUCCAGGCCGUGUUGCUGCCCAAGAAGAGCGACAGCCACAAGGCCAAGGGCAAGUGAGGGGCGGGCGGCGGGGA